CCACGUCACGUGACUGACAUUUCAUCCUCGCCAUUUUGCAAUGUGGGAGAAAGAGAGAAAAUCCACUUUUUUAUUGCUAACAAAUAAAACAAAGCCGGUUUUAUGUGUUGAGGACAAAGAGCGUCGAGCCUUUCCGUGUCAGUGAGUCAUGGAGGAGGCCAGCAAUGUACUCCUCUCACACUCCUCCACCGCCUCUUCGGCUUCCUCCGCCCCGUCAGCACGGGACGCCUCCCAGACCUUUCAGCAGAAACACGCUGCAGACUCGCUCAUACAGGUGAUCGAAAAGCUCAGCAAAAUCGUGGAGAAGCGGCCGCAGCGCCGCUGCACUUUGGCGGCACAGAAAAGACCCCCUCCUAGAGGUGAGGAGGACGGGCCGAGGGGGAGCAGAGGAGGCUCCCCUUUUAGGAAAACUAAGAGGAACUGUAAGGAGGAGGAGGUGCGAUUAGAUGGUGGCGCAGCUCUUUCCCCGCCCGGGGACAGCAGCAGCAGCAACAACAACAACCACAACAACAUCUCCUCCACGGCGACGGAUUCAGCCGGCGAGGCCGACGGCAGCCACAGGCGGAUGGUGACCUGCUAUCAGUGCAGCCUGUGUCCGUACCUCUCGCAGACGCUGCCCCUGCUGAAAGAGCACCUAAAGCAUCACAACGAGCAGCACAGCGACCUCAUCCUCAUGUGCUCCGAAUGCCGCUUCACCUCCCGGGACCAGGACCAGCUGGAGGCCCACGUCAGGCUGCACAUCGACACCGUUAAGGAGGAAUGCGAAUGGAGCGGCGGCGUCGGCGGCGUGGAUGGCGUCGUGGCCAUCGAGGCGGUCGAAAGCUCUCCGGACGGCUCCCGGGAGCUGCCGCAGAAGAAGAAGUGGUACAGCUACGAGGAGUACGGCCUGUACCGCUGCCUGAUCUGCAGCUACGUGUGCAGCCAGCAGCGGAUGCUCAAGACCCACGCCUGGAAGCACGCCGGCCUGGUCGACUGCUGCUACCCCAUCUUCGAGGAUGAAGACGGGGCGUCCGCGAGGAGGGGGGCUCCGACUGCAGCCAACGCACCGGCAACCAGGGAGGAAAUAGUCGUUCUCUCCCCGGUCCUUCAAGAUAAGAAGCUGCCCCCCGGCUUCAAGCUCCAGCUCUGCGUGCCGAUGGACGCCGAGGGCAGACGGGACGGGCUGAAUCAUCCCGCUUCUGGUCCCAUCGUAACUCCGAAGACGGAGGAGGAAAGCGCGUACCCCAUCAAAGACCUGACCUCCGAGGAGACGGUGGUCGAGGUGCAGGUGACCACGGAGGCGGAGUCCGAAGUGGAGAGCGACGGCACCUCCGUGGCGGACAGCUUGCUGUCGUCGGCUCAGAAGAUCAUCAACAGCGGCCCCAACAGCGCCGGCCACAUCAACGUGAUCGUGGAGCGCCUCCCCUCGGCCGAGGACUCUGUCAUGGCGACGAACCCGCUUCUCCUCAGCCCAGACCUGGACAGGGACAAGAACAAGAGCUUAACAAAGGAGGAAGGGCAGGGGGCCGCCGAGGGGGAGGUGCCCCCCGGCGGACAUCUUUUAGAAGCUGGCGUUACACCCGCUGUGGGUAGCGAUUCUCCGCGGGACGAGAACGUUCCCCCCGCGGUUCGCAAGCGGACACACUCCGAGUCCCUGCGCCUGCACUCCCUGGCGGCGGAGGUCCUGGUCGCUAUGCCCAUGAGGACCCCCGAGCUCCUCACCGCCGGCUCCAGGGGGAGUCUGAGGAGCGUCACAGCCCAGGCACAGAGCCCCAACUCGGGCUUCAAACCCGCCGAGAGGACCUCAGACGCAGAGACAACCGCAGCUCUGCGUGACCUGGAGCUUCACGGCGGGGGCAGAGAGGAGGAGUUGGGGUCCCUGUGCCUCGGGGAGGGCGACGAGGAGGGCCCCGCCGCCAAAGCCGGCAUCAGCCUGUCGCUGCUCACCGUCAUCGAGAAGCUCCGCGAGCGCUCGGACCAGAACGCAUCCGAUGAGGACAUCUUGAAAGAGCUCCAGGACAACGCGCAGUUUCACAAGGGCGGCGUGGUCGUGGGCGGCGGAGCCGGGGGCUACGCGCGCGGCCUCCCCCCGGGGAUGGACGGGCUGGUUGCAUCCGCCGACGGCGGCCUGGUGGACUUCAUCCCAGGCAGCGAGCGGCCGUACCGCUGCCGCCUGUGCCACUACAGCAGCGGCAACAAGGGCUACAUCAAGCAGCACCUGCGGGUGCACAGGGAGCGGAAGCCGUACCAGUGUCCCAUCUGCGAGCACAUCGCCUCCGACAGCCAGGACCUGGAGAGCCACAUGAUGCACCACUGCAAGACCCGGAUGUACCAGUGCAAGCAGUGCCCGGGCGCCUUCCACUACAAGAGUCAGUUAAGGAGUCAUGAAAGGGAGCAGCACAGCCUCAGCGUGGACAUCGCGGCCCUCACGCCGGUCACUGAGACCGCGGCCGUGGCGGAGGAAGCGGAGCAGGUGACGGAUGAAGAAUGCAGUUUACAGAAGAUGUAUAAGUGCGACGUGUGCGACUACACCAGCUCUACGUAUGUCGGAGUGAGGAACCACCGCCGGAUUCAUAACUCCGACAAGCCUUAUCGGUGCUGCAGCUGUGAUUAUGCCACCACCAACAUGAACAGUUUAAAGGGCCACAUGAGGAGGCACCCUCAGGAGCACCAGGCCGUGCAGCUGCUGGAGCAGUACAGAUGCUCCCUGUGUGGUUAUGUCUGCAGUCAUCCCCCGUCCCUCAAAUCCCACAUGUGGAAGCACGCCGGAGACCAGAAUUACAACUACGAGCAAGUUAACAAAGCCAUUAACGAGGCCAUCUCCCAGAGCAGCCGAGCUCCUCAGAAGUCGGUGGCGGUGCUGGAGCCGGUGGCAGAGCGCCCCGCGGGGGCUCAGCCCUCUACGGACAAAGCCCAGGGCCCGGUGGAGCCGGCGACUCCCAGCGUGGCUGUGGACGGCUCGGCGGGCUCCCCCACGGACACCUCACAGAGGCCCGGCGGCUCCCAAAGCCCCCAGGGGAAGGACCACGCGCGGCCCCAGAGCCGGCCGCGCACCAGCCAGACCCCCGCUCAGGGCCCCCCCAUGGAAUACUGCGUGCUCCUGUUCUGCUGCUGCAUCUGCGGCUUCGAGUCCACCAGCAAAGAGCGGCUGAUGGAGCACAUGAAGGAACACGAGGGGGACAUAAUCAGCAUCAUCCUCAACAGGGAGCAGCAGCAGCAAGCAGAAGCACAAACAGCCGAGUGAGACCCCAACACCCCCACCCGCCGCCCCCUCCCCUUUUUAUAUUAACACUGACAACACUGCAAUAUCACAAUGAGCUGCUGCUCACUGAAGUCAUUUCAUGAGGUCUAUGGAGGUGUAAACAUUUCACGUCUGCUGUGUGUCCUCUGGUCACAUCAAGGGCUCGAGGCCGGUGGCUGA